UUCAGGAGCUAAAACCCAAGACAUGCAGGGGAGGGGCGAAUUAUAACCUCACGGGGGAAACAUGGGAAUUGGAGGGGAGAUUGAGAGGGGGAAGGUACCGUGAUGGGAGACAAGGCCUGGUGGUCGCUGGUAGAGAUCCUGAUAUCGGCGGCCAUGGUUGGAGUGAGGGUGAGGUGCCUUGCUUUAGUGUUCUUGUACCAUCAAGGAACUUUCAUAGCAAAGCUGAUCAAGAGACCAUCAGAAGCAGCGCUACCAAAUUUCAAAUUUAAAAUUAAAAACAAAAAACGCGUUUUAGGCAACUAGAAUUAAGCAAGUAGAAUUCUGCUUAAACCGUCUCUUUUGGUAACUAUAAAUAAAAGCAGAAUUAAGCAACUAGAUUUCUUCUUACUUCACUUUCAGAAAACAAAGCAUUCUGCUUCCUUUUGACGCUAAAAACCUCUUCACUCUCUUUCCCAAAACAAGAAAAUCUCAUUCUAACUCCGACCCUAGCGAUGAUGUUCCAUCCUCCAGCUCCAGGAGUGGUGUUCAAUCCUUCUGAUCGGGAAAUAGUUUCCUUUUUUCUGCCCAAGUUGAUGACUGGUGAAGGGAUCGACGAACUUAGCUACCUCAUUGAAUUUUGUGAUCUAUAUUGCAUCAAGCCAGAUGCCCUGUUUGAUGUUAACAAAGGCUUUCUUCCGUUCGUCAAACCCAACCAGCGUUUCGUCUUCACCCAUCGACAGAAGAUUUCUCAAAAGAAUGCAAAUGGAAAACGACCUAGAAGGGUUCUUGACAGUCGAGCAGUAGGAGACGGUGGAUUUUGGAGGUCUUCAACAGGUGAGAAACCUAUUCUUGAUGAACAAGGAGAGCAUGUUAUAGGGUACGUGAAUACCCUUAACUUCUAUGAGUACAAGGGUGAGAAACGAAAUCCAAAGGAUGCCACCAAAACUAGCUGGCUUAUGCAUGAGUAUCGUCUCCCCAGAGAAAAUUUUCAAGAAUGGGUUAUCUGCAAGAUCAAAGACACAGCCUGUUCAGAGGAAGAUAAGUGUGUAGCUUUUUGGGUUAAUGAGCUUUUUGGAAAUCUGUUUCUUGGAAACAAAGAAUGUCCAUCAUCUGCUUUAAUGCAAGAAGCUGUUUUCAGUGGAAAUUUACCUUUGCUCGAUGAUGGACAAUGCCGUCCUUGGGUAGAUAAUUACGUAGAUGGAAGGUUGCAGUAG